CAACAGGUUUAUACCAGCCCGUGAAAAAGAUAUUGCAUAUAUUGGAUAUUGUUUAUUGAAGGGUGGAUAAUUUAAGUUGAAAGUAACGGUUGUAAUGAGGAUAACUGUUUGCUUAUCUGGAGAUGCAUUUUUCCCACUAGAAGUUUCAAAUAGCACUUUAAUAUCAGAGCUCAAAAUGCUUAUUGAAGUUGAAAGUGGAAUAUCAGGAGUCGACUUUGAAUUAUCAAGAGAAGGCGAGAUUUUACGUAUUCAGUCAACUAGCACUAUUGAAAAAGCAGGAAUCAGGGAUCAGGAUCUUCUUUUUGCUGUCCCUAUCCCAAAAAGCAAUACGAAUGAAUCAGACAUUAGUGGGCCGUCACGUCUUGUUCCUUCGUUAGAUUUUAGAUCAAUAAAGGUCCCAAGUUCAUCGAGUUCUGGAAUGCCUGAAGCUAUACGAAAGUAUCUCCUAGGGAGUGCUGCCUCUCAGCUGUCUAUAUUACGUGAACGAAAUCCAGAGUUGGCUGCCGUUAUUAAUGACCCAGUUGCUUUUAAAAGGGUUUUUGAAUCACAACAGAAUAGUGCUCGUCAGCAUCGUGAAGAGCUUGAAAAUUUGUUGUCUGCAGAUGCUUUAAAUCCAGCAGUUCAAGAAAGGAUAGCUGAACUUAUAAAACAAAAGAAUAUUGAUAUGCAAAUGGAAAAUGCUUUAGAAUAUUAUCCAGAAACAUUUGGACAAGUUUCGAUGUUAUUUAUUAAUUGUAAAAUUAAAGGUCAUCAUAUUAAAGCAUUUGUUGAUUCUGGUGCACAAAGUACAAUUAUGAGUGAAAAUUGUGCACGACGUUGUAAUUUAGAUUCAUUAAUUGAUAAACGAUGGGCUGGUAAAGCAUAUGGUGUUGGAACACAAACUAUCAUUGGUCGAGUUCAUAAUGGAUCCAUUGAAAUUGGUUGUGUAUUCCUUCCGACAUCGUUUAUUGUAUUAAAAGAUCAAACGAUGGAUUUACUCAUUGGUUUAGACAUGCUUAAACGUCAUCAAUGUUGUAUUGAUUUGAAGCGUAAUGUUUUAGUCAUUGAUGGACAUAUUGAAGCGCCAUUUCUACCAGAAUCUGAGAUUCCAUCAUCUUUAUCGAAUCCAUCUAUUAUGGAUAAUGAAAAUAUUGAUGAACGAUUUGAUGAAUCACAAAAAUUAAAAAUCCAAUUACUUGUUGAUCGUGGUAUUGCUCGUUCCAGUGCAAUCGAUACAUUACUUCGUCAUCAUUGGGAUUUAGAUGCAGCUUUAGCUUCUCAUCUCCAGGAUAUGUUUGGUCAAUCAGGAUAAAAUUAAAUUGAAUUUCAUGUGUACGUGUGUGCGUGUAUUCCUGUCUUCAUGUCUGUCUGUCUAUCUAUCUAUCCACCUAUCAAUCUGUCUAUCUAUCACCUACCUGUCACAAUUUAUUAUUCUGAUUGAACACAAUCUACUACUACUUACUAUAUUCAGGUUUGUUUUUUUCAUUUUCUUUUCUAUGGAUCCGUUUUAAUUUCUCACUUAUUUGUGCGCGCUUAUCAAUAUUUUUUAAUCUACUAUAUGUGUGUGAAUACGACAAACAUGUUUCAUUUUCAUAUCAAAUUCUUAUGCUAUUUUUUUUUCUUAAUUUGUGAAAAGCUCAUUUUUUUUAUAUACGUAUAUAUAUAUAUAUAAAUACAUAUUUAGAAAAUGAUUAUUACAAUGCUAGGCUUUCUAUUUUCAUUGUUAUAUAAUAAUUAGUAAUAGUAGUAGGAGUGAUUGUUUCAAUCUUUUAAAUUUGUACAUUUUUUAAAAAUUGUAUAGCUAGUAGUUGCAUAAUGAUAUACAAAUAUAUAUUAUAUUUGUUUUUUUUCUGUAAAAGUUAAAUGAAUUGUUUAAAUUUUUUUAGUGUAGUACAAAUGUAAAUUUUUUUUGUACACUUGAAAAAAAAGCAAAUCAAGAAUUAUCAGAAGAAGAAGAAGAAAAAAAAAGAAAGAUUUGUAAAAUUUAUUUAAUAUGAUUUGUCAUUUGUUUUGAAUUUUUUAAAAUUUUAAAAAAUUGUUUAUAUAUAUAUUAUGAUUAAUGGUGAGUAAUGGUGUUGAAUUGUUGAAUUGUUGAAUUAUUGAAAAUUGAAUUGUUGUUAUUGUACAUUGAAAAAUGAAUGCCUUACACUUAUUAAUCUGUAUAGUAUUUAAUUUAGCGAAGUUGCAAUAAUA